UUCGGAUAACAGAACAGUGCAUUUUCAUGCACUGUAAUGAAAAAGAACUCAACGUAGGCUACUUGACAAAAGCAAUUGCUUUCCACUUGCUUUGACCACGGGCAUUAAUUAGGCUAGCCUACUCAGUGUGAUCUAAAGGUCUAAUUAGUAGACUAUGGCAUUACUGAUCUUUUUUUGCAUUUGAAAGCUCACUACAGUUUUACAAAUGGGAAAAGUGCUACCAUUUACAUAACAUUAGGCUACUGUCUUCUGUGUUUUUACUAUGCCCUGUAUUUGGUUGCCCAGCAAAAGUUAGAAGCAUGUCAGCAGACAGAAUUGAAUUAACUGAGCAGGGGAAUGUGACAGUGCGUGCGGCGCACGGUCGAAUGAUGAGACUGUAAUAAGAGUCACAGGACGCGCUGGUCAUCAGAUAUUUCCUCCCACUUAUCGGAAUAGUUAACGAUGGAGAAAAUUAUUUUCCAUGAGAACCUUUCAUUAGGCUAUGUAAACUGAAAUCUCAGCCCAACUAAGGAACGUGAACACCGGAAGUGAUCCACUGGUGUAAGCUACGGGAUUUGGAUUUGAGUGAUAGCAGAGCCCGUCUACAGACAUUCUCUGGUGAUAGCAACGCGCCUACCUCUGGCAAAGUCGCCGAGUGGACAGUCGACACACAGGCAGUUUCGACCAAUGACUUGGUUUUCGGUCUGCAGUUUUCAGAUGGCUACCGCGACAUGAUGGGGUUUAACCAGAAAAGGAUGGGAUGAUACAUUUUUAAAAACAACGCAGCGGGAGGUUUUGUUUUUCGUCUCUCAGAUAAUAACAAGAUGGACUAUCGACGAAAGAAGAAACUCACAUAUUUUACAAUAGGAUUAAUCUUCCUUUUCAGUGGAAUUGAAUACGCGGUGAUCUUGCCCACCAUAUGGAGGUACCUGCAGACUCUGGGCGCAGCUCCCUACUUCCUGGGUCUCGGCCUGUCCGCCUUCAGCCUCAGCGGCCUUCUCUCCGGACCGCUCUUUGGCCUGUGGUCCGACCGCACGCGCACCACCAAGAAGAUCAUUCUCAUUGCCAACCUCUUUGAGAUUGUUGGCAACUUCAUGUACUUCAUGGGUUAUUCCAAAUGGCUGUUGCUGGCUAGUCGACUGACCGCAGGCAUUGGCACUGGUGCCGGCUCGUCUAUCUUCGGCUUCCUGACGCGCAGCACUGCUCCAGAGGACCGGUCCACCGUGUUCGCCGCAGUCAUGGCCUGCCGGCAGGCUGGGCUGCUCAUCGGUCCAGCCUUCAACCUCUUCCUGCGGCUCUUUGACUUCCAGCUGGGUCCGUUUGUGGUCAAUAAGUACACUUCACCAGGGCUCUUCAUGUGCUUCAUGUGGAUCCUGCUCCAAGUGGCCGUGAUGCUGAUGUACUGGGACAUCCCACCGCAGGAGGAGUCCAGCCCCAGGGAGGCGAGGGCCGUGGUGGUGGAUGGGGGCGAGGAGGAGAGCGAGGGCGAGGGAUUGGGCGAGGAGGAGAGCGAGGGCGAGGAGGGGAAGCCACUGGUGGCCCACGAAUCUCUGGGCUCCUACGGAACCGUGCCCACAGAGCACAUCACACCGGUGGCCAACGGAACGGUUCCUCACGGCCCGCGGCCGGACUCACCUGAACAGGAACCAGAGCCGGCCGGUGGCAGCCCACUGAAGGCCCUGAGCGCCAGCAGAGAGUUCCUGAAGGAGGAGGUGGUGGUGUUGCUGACCGCUCAGUUCAUCACACUGUUCAAUCAGACUGCGCUUGAGACGAUGGUGACUCCGUUGACCCAGAAGUACUUUAACUUUGGCGAGCUGGAGAACAGCAUCAUGUACUGCGUGUGCGGCGUGGAGGUCAUCCUGGGCUUCUUCUUCGUCCGCUGGCUCAGCAAGAGGGCGGAGGAACGGGUGGUGCUGGCCGUGGGGCUCAUCAUCUGCAACAUCUCCUGCGUCUGGUGCCUCAUCUUCCUGGCCAACCCCGCAGGAAGCCUCCCCUGGCAGCUGGCGGAGUUCAUAGUUGGAGUGUUCCUGCAGGUGCUUGGGCUUCCCUUCGUGGCUGUGGCCCAGGUCUCCCUCUUCUCUAAGGUCACUGCUGAGAAGACACAAGGGUUCAGCCAGGGGGUGCGGCGCUCUGUGGGAGGCCUGGCCACCAUCCUGGGCCCUCUUUGGGCAGGAGGGCUGACCAACAACUUGUACGUGAUGCUGGGCGUGAUGAUGGCCCUGCUGGUCUUGCUCACAAUCAUGAUGUUUAUCUCCUAUGAGAAGCUGGUGGAGCCCCCUGUUGUUGAGCACGCAGACAGCUACGAGGACUGAGCCACUUGCAGAGAACACAGGAAGUGAGUUGAGAACACAGGAAGUUGUGAGUCUGAGGUCUGUCUGGCUAUAUGGCCAGCAUGUGACGGGCUUCAUGGGAUGUGUUCUGGUAUGUUGACCCAAUUGGACCUCUCACACCUCAUCACCUGUACCUUACAGAGUCAUCCCAGAGGACUUGGCCCCAUACACACACACACACACACACAGGUCCAGAACACACUGACCCCAUGGCUGGGUCUCUGUUAUGUUUCCUGUGGAAAUAAAUUGGGGUGGUGAGCCAACAAAAGAAAACUCCCAAAGUGUGCAGUCAGUAGAAGCUGGGAGACAGUUAUUCAGGCAUUGAUGUUAGCUGGUCACUGAAUGUAAUGAUCUAUGGAUCCAGGGAAAUGCAACAGUCCUUGAGUGGCUGUUUUAAACAUGCAGUACCCCUUGUGGACACAAGAGGGUGCUGACGUCCUUCGUAGAGGCUGUAGGUGACCACCUUUUCUGACCUUUUCUCUGCUGUCUGCCGCUGCUCAUCACCUGUCUUCCUGUGUUUCAUCAAAGACUGCUGGCUGCUGGCUCUGUUUUGUUUUGUUUAAUUGUUUUAACUCACUGCUUAUUAUUUCAAUGUGUCAAAAUAACAGAUUUGACUAUAUAGUUAUAGUUGAAUUGGGAAAUAUUCUGAGUAAGCAAUUUCUGUUGCUUGUUUUUAACAAUACUGGAAUUACAUUUUUUGCUUAAGAGCUUAA